AUGGAGUGGAACCGAAGCAACUUGAAUGGUGCUGUUGCUCCACCUCACAGUCAGCAGCAGUAUUUGCCAUCUGCAUCCACCAUGGUUGCAAAUGGGCAGAGCCAAUUGUCUAGUGUACAGCAAAACGCCUAUGUUCAGAACAGGUCCUUUAAUUGUAACAAAGACCCACUUCUUCAAACUUUGCUGGCAGCCAAAACAGAUGAAGACUAUUUACAAGUUCAGCAAGUUGCCUUAGAAAAUUUCAGGAGUAAUCCAGGAGUAUUUCAGAAGACAAAGAAAACAAACAGUCAGGUGAAAUCGAGCCCUCAGAUUUCUUCUUACAAGCCUGCUAAGGAAGGUGUUUCCAUUCCAGACAACAGAAGUGCUAUUACUGUUCAGAAUUCUGUAGUAUCUAACUACAGAAUGCCAACCUAUGUAAACAUUAUACAUCAAAUGCCACAGCAGCCACCAUCUGUAGUAGUUGGGCAACAGUUUGGUGGAAAUGGAUACACUACUACUGUGGUCCAGCAACUGUGGAAUUCCCAGCAACCUCUACAGAAUUCCCAGCAACCUCUACAGAAUUCCCAGCAACCUCUACAGAAUGCUCAGGCAUUACAAGCUUAUCAACCUACUGUCACUUAUACAUAUCCCCAGCAAAAUAAUCUUUAUAACUCCAUAAGACCCCCUGCUAACUCCAUCCAAAUGCCUUGCCAGCAAAUGGCACCAAAUGUGCCACCUUCAACGACGUACAGUUUACAUAAUGGUGUCUCGGGGCAGUUAACUUCUCAGAAAUCACCUUCUGAAACAAAUAUUUCUGCAACUACGCAGGAUUGCAGGAAUAUUCAAAAUGUUACAAGUCCAUCCUUGCCCAGGUAUAGACCUUUGGCACCUAAUAUGUUGCCACAUGCCCCCCAACAGCAAUUGAGUAUUCCCCAGCUACAGACCUUACCAUGUUUGGAUGGAAAUUCCAACUGUUAUACCCAAAGUCAACAAAGACAAAACAUUCAGAAUGUCUUGGGUAAUAAUUCUCCACAGAUUUCAAGUGCAGCUGCUGAGAUGAUGCCACCUAAUUACGCUCAAGCUACAACCAAUCUGCCAAAUGUUAUCGGUGCAUCAGCAAACCAGAACUUCAGUAAACAGAGGCAAAAUUAUGUUGCAGCCAAUGUACAGCAGCCAGCACAGACCGGAAAUCCCCAGCCUGUUCAGACUUCUAUGGGGGAUGAACAGUUUAGAAUCCGUGACAUAAUUGCCUUACAAGAGAGGAAGCAAGAGAUGCUUAAAUUGUUGCUAGUUUACCGGAAUGCCAGAAAGCAGUAUGAGUUGUUGAAUCGGGAAAAUAACCUUUCAAGACAAAGGCUACAAGCCAGCAUGUCCCAGGAAAAUGCAAGACCACCACCACUCAUUUCAAGCCUUCCGCCUGCCCAACCUCAGACAAACUGCAUAAUGGUUGGACAGCAGAACUUAACUCAGGCUGUAUCUAACUCAACCCAAAUAAAUUCUGCAAAGGUUUUUCAUAGUCAAAAUCUAUAUGAUAAUGUGACGAAUACUCCAAAUCAAGCUAGUAUACAACAGAAUAUAUCUCUGCAUGAAAAUACAGCGAUCCUCAGCCAAUUGUUAAAAGCGGACAACGGUAACCUUCAUAGGCAAAACAAUUAUUCAGUCUUUGAUGUAAGCCAGGCAAAUGUUGCAAAUGGAUCAACCUAUGCUUUGCAGUCACUGAGCUCAGAAAAUGUAACCACUAAAGUUUGUCAAAAAGCAACAUCAAGGGAAUUUGGGGGACAAACCAAUUUGAAUAACCAGUAUGUAUCUAGUUCGAACGCAAAUAUUGGAAACGUAAUAAAGAAUGGACAUGGUUUACACAGUCCUGAUAAACCAGCUUCAGUUUCUCAGAGUCUUAAUACUUCCUGCCAAGAAAAUAACCGAAAUGGAAACCUGUCCUCCUGUACAGCUGGUUUAACUGGAAAUGGACACGUGGCACCUGUUUCACGGGAAGCAAUAGAAGCUUCUUUGCCUCUCUGGAAGACCGUUCCUCAAAGUACAAACAGGUCUUCAGAAACUCAACACAAUCAGUCUCCAGUAGAAUGUUCACUUGCUGCUUUCAAUCUCCUGGAUGAAAUAACAUCGGGGUCUACAAAUGAGGUUUCUUCAACUCUCUCUGUACAAAAACAAGAUUCAACUGUUCCAAGUGCUGCAAAUCCACAGAUUGCUAUUGUUUCACCACUUGUGCAGUCUAAGGAGGCUCUUCAUGGAGAUUACCAGAAGUCUAAAGUUUGUGUACAAGGCCCAGACGUAGAAAACACUGCAAUAAAUAGUUUAAUAAACUCACACGAAAAUGAAUGUUUCAGUAAAAUUUUGCAAGCAUUAGAAUCUUUAGGAGCCAACACCAUAAAUAACAUAGAAGCCUCAAGGUCUAAAGAGCCUCCAGUUGCAAGUCCGGAUCAUUUCAAUCCACCCCUACUAUUUAGCACUGAAACUUUAUCUCAAACUGAACCUAAGACAUCCAGUGAAAAUGAUGAAAUUGUUGAUGAUAGUUUGCAGAUUUCUGGAAUAUGUACUCUGGUAGAAGGUAACUCUUUUUAUGAUUCUUCUAUUGCCAUGAUAUUUGAUGAAACUUCGGACACCACUGCAUUGCUCCAUACCAACACUAUAGGUGAACAUUCCAAAACUGUAGAUGCAUCUUGUAUUCUGAAAGAACCAUGCAAUACUGCUCCAAAAGCAGUCACUGCAGCAAUUAAAUCAGAGCCUGUUGAUGAAGUGGCAGUUGGUCAUACAACUGAGGGUGACUUGCAUUGCAGUAAACUUCCCUGUGUUGACAUGGAAGCUGACCAACAAUUGGGGUCUGCUCAGCAGAAUUCUUGCUGUGACUUGGAAUCCAGUGCUGUAUCUGACCAGUUGACUGAACUUCUUUCUGAGUUUCCCUAUGGAAUAAAAAAUUAUAUGUCUGAGAAUAUACUAGAGUGCACAAAUGGUGGUCCCCAAGAAGACCAACUGGCAAACCUGUGUUUAAGGCAGCAUCUAAGGACUCUGAACCUGUUAAAUGCAAGGCAAUUGACACACAAUGUGAAAUGGUGCCUGGUCCCUCCGUGAACCUGCAGCAUAUGGUCAAGAUGGAGUCUGAGCUGUCAGAUGAUUCGGGGCCUUCAGCUGAAAGAACUGACAUGCGGCCUCCAGCUGCAGAGGUGCACAAAACUGAAAUCGUGCCUGUACCUGCUAAAGAUGUUGUUGGAGAUCCCUUGCCUUCAAUAGACACCUGUUUAGAUGAUGGUUUUGAAAUCCUUUCCAAUAGUCCAGUGAGUGACAUACAUAUUACUAUUUUAGAUCAGGAUGAAAUACCUAAGAUUUUUCCAGGUGAAAAGGAAUAUGUAGAUGAUGAAAAAUGCAAUGAAACUAAACUUGAAGAUUUGCAGGAAUGUUCUAAUACUCCUGAGCCUGAAACAGAGUCUCAUUUGGUAAAAGACUCCACUAAUGUGGUUGAGGCUGGAACAGAUAAAAACUUAUUCUGCUGUUUAUUUAGUUGGUUAAAUCUCACUAAUAAAAAUGCUCCAAAAUGCAAUUGCAAGCAACUAGAAGCCUUCAAAGAAGUAGAAUCUGCUAAAUUAAGUAAUGACUCUAUGCCAAAGACUGAUCCAUCCCCACAAAGUUCUGAACCAACAUUGCAAGGUUUGCCUAAACCAGGCAACAGUGGCAUUAUUGGCCUUGAGAUUCUGCAAACUGACAGACCUCCAAAACUUGACCUAGUAGAUUCAGAAAAUGAAGAAAUUCUGCAGCCUAUGGACAAACCACCCAAGCUUGAACGAAUAACAUCUGAAGAUGAACAUGUUCAAAAAUUCACUCUCCAAGCAGAAAAAGGCUUAAAAAGGUCAACUUCUGUUGAAGGAUUUCAAUCUUCCAAAGAUAGUCUGAAAAAUAACCCUGUGAUCCAUGAAAAAAGUUUAACCCCUAGUCCCAGGGAUGGGGAAGCUACUUUCAUAAACAAGGACCAAUCUCCAAAUAAAUUAAAAUUUCAUGGUUCCCGUAAAUCUGAAAAGUUGAUCGUUAAAACAGAUUUUCUGAAGAGCAAGCGUUCAUCUAAAGAAAAGAGAAAAAAUGAAGGGAAAAAUUAUUUGAACAAAAUUGAUUCUCAUAGUGGAUUUUCAAAAAACUCGCCAGGUGAACCUGGAAAGGGGUCCCGAGGAGAAAAAGAAAAGGUUGAACAAAGUGCAAGCAGCAUAAGAGAUGAGCAGUCUCCUGAGAAGCAAGCAGACAGGAGUUGGAAUAGACUGAAGAAUUCCCCUGGUGGGGACAGAUACAUUCGCUCUCGUGGAGGCAGAAAGCGUAAGGAAAGAGAGAGUCAUUUUGAAAAGACAAGGAAAGUGCCAACAGUGCAAGAAUAUUUAGAAAGAAAAAGGGAACUUUGUAAGAAAAGGACAGAAGCCAGAACAGAACCAAGAGAAGGUUUAGGAGAUGUAAGGCACACAGCUGAGAGAGCUUCUGAUAUGAGUGGAAAUAGUCCUUGUAAUCUGAGGAGGCAAUUAUCUCCUGCAAAAACCGUGACUUCAAAAGAAAAUGGCAAGUAUUCUGAAACAUCAAAAGUUUAUCAAAAGGAUGGUUCACAAAAUGGAGGAGCUUAUGAAGCUGGCCACAGAAGGCGCAAGUACUCUCGCAAAAGCCAAAAAAUGCCUGAGAGCAAGGCAAAGAAUGUGGGUCGCCCGUCAAAUAAAGACAAAAUCUAUCUGACCCCUAUUAGUUCCAGGCGUGCUUCUUAUGAUGGUAUCAGUUUGGCUAAACUACAAAUCAGACAUUCUCCAGACAAACCAAAGUACACUGAACUAAGGAAAUGUCUUGAUAACUCUGGUCUCCCAAAACCUUCAAAUUCUGCUUUGAAAAAUAGUGAUUCACCUAAAAUGUUGGAGUUCAAACUAUAUCCAGAAUUUACCCACGAAAGUCCUAUCACUCAAGAGAGAGCACGGGGGGAGGCAACAAAUUCUAAAGAAAAAAGUGUGGUAGAAGGUAUCAAAAGCAGCAAAGAGGCUUGGUGCAACAGUAUCCCCUUGAAGAAACGCAAAGUGGAAGGUGUAGAAGGUCAUGGCUUUCAGAAAUCGCCAGUAUCAGCUGAAUCAACCCCACUUUAUAAACCACUUGAGAAAAACAAUACUCGACCACCGCAAGAUUCAAGGACCACUUUCAAUGUUUUUAAACAGAUGUACCAUGAACAGAGGAGCAAAAGCCUUGACUUUAGCCAAGGCAACUCAUGA